GAUUAAUUACCCCACGUGACCCUCCUCAGUAGUUCCCAGGCGGUCACAGCGGCGAGCCGGAGGUGAGUAAAGAGAGGAUAAAUGUCUGAUUUUACCCCCAAACAGAGCGGGGGUGUCCUUUUAAUGAGAUAUUUAACUUUAAUUACACUGUCUGUGCUCUUUCAUCUGUGUAAAUGUUUGAUUGAAGCGGUUAAAUGAAGCGGAGUGUCUCCAUUAGACUGACGCGCUAACUGAAGCUAAUUAACCACAGGUGAACUCAGACUCUUUACCGACAUUUAAUCUGAUAUUAAGACACGAAAACACUCAAAUAUAUGAACUUUUUAUGGUUUUUACACUGAAAUAAUCUGUGUUUAGGAGGUUAAAGGUUCAGGCUCCUACUAAUGCAUGUGUUUCAUAAGCAGCUAAGCUAAGCUAACUGAACCCACGGUGUGUGUGUGUGUGUGUGUGUGUGUGUGUGUGUGUGUGUGUGUGUGUGUCGGGGACGAGCUGUUCCAGUGAAGAAGACAGUCUGGAGUAAAUUAGGAAUAAACUAAAGAUUUUAAAGAGAGUAUCCAGAGAAAGUGUUUUAUAGAGUCAUUUCUGUAGGAGUGAUCGGUCUUUAUCGGGACACGAUCGGGAUUAUAAUCGGGAUUAUAUUCAAACUUUAUUUAAUAACAUUUACAGGAUAAAAUCUGUAAAUUUUCAACGAGAUGAUGUGAGAUACUUCAUUCAGUCUUACUGCUUAAUAAUUCUUCUUUAAAAACGAGUAAAAAAUCCUUGAUAAUCUCCAUAAUUUCCAGGUGAUUCUUCAUUUUCCUCUCAGUUUAAGGAACUAUAAACCCUUUAGGAACAACAAACUUUAACAUUUACAACAGCUUAAUGAUCCAUCCUUUAAUAAAGUUACAGUUACUGUUUACAGAGAUUAGGCCUGGGCGAUUUGACCAAAAAAAAAAGAUUAUAUUUUUUCGUAUCGUUCGAUCUCGAUUAUUAUCACAAUUUUUUUUUAAACUGUCAGUUUUAAAUCAUCUGUACUCAAAACUAAAGAAACGAGAGAUUAGUUCAACAUUUUAUUAACAUACAAAGGAAAUAACGCAAAUUGAACAAGAUUCACUUAGAAAAAUAUAAAAACAUUUUAACUCAAAAGUACAACAAAUGUAGAUAAAUACUAAAUAAUGCAGUGAACUAGUGAGUGUUUCUGCAGGUAUAAAAGACCCAAAAUAAACGAAUCACUCUUCAGAGGUAAUGACGACGCCUUAAAAUGUAAACAUUAGAUGAUACAAUUGAUCGCUGCUUUGUUCUGGUGGCUGCACCGCUAGUUGUAGCUAAACUGCUAAUGCUUCUUGUCCCGUCAGCAGUGACAGGCUGUACAGACUCCGCCCACUUUUUCACGCUUUCUGCAUAAUCCCUUCUUCGAAUGAUUAAACAGAUCUGUUGUGUUGACGGUUUUUGAGGCACCAAUCGCCGACAUACUUUACACAUCGUCAAUUUGGAGAUAUCCGAACCACCGCUACACAACCAACGAUCAAUAACUUUUCUUCUCAACAAUUACAUCUUCGGAGGAUGACUCCAACGUUCAGUCAUUUUGUUUAAUUCUACAGUAACUUAAAGACGUGAGCAGGAAAAGCUCAACUCUGAUUGGCUGUUGUGACGCACAUUGCCGAUAUGUUUGAUUGUUGAUACCAUGUUGUUGUUGUGGAAGUUUUUGCAGUUUACAAAAUAUAACAAUUCAGUAAUAACAGGGUUCGACAGUACGACCGUUUCACUCAGCAACAAAUGUUUUUUUCCUGUAAAUACGGCGGUGAAGUGAGUUUUAGGUUGGAUAUAUUUUCCUGUAAAUACGGCAAUGAAGUUAGUUUUAGGUUGGAUAUAUUUUCCUGUAAAUACGGCGGUGAAGUUAGUUUCAGGUUGGAUAUAUUUUCCUGUAAAUACGGCGGUGAAGUUAGUUUCAGGUUGGAUAUAUUUUCCUGUAAAUACGGCGGUGAAGUUAGUUUCCGGUUGGAUAUAUUUUCCUGUAAAUACGGCGGUGAAGUUAGUUUCAGGUUGAAUAUAUUUUCCUGUAAAAACGCAGUGAAGUUAGUUUCAGGUUGGAUAUAUUUUCCUGUAAAUACGCGGUGAAGUUAGUUUCAGGUUGGAUAUAUUUUCCUGUAAAUACGGCGGUGAAGUUAGUUUUAGGUUGGAUAUAUUUUCCUGUAAAUACGGUGGUGAAGUUAGUUUCAGGUUGGAUAUAUUUUCCUGUAAAUACGGCGGUGAAGUUAGUUUCAGGUUGGAUAUAUUUUCCUGUAAAUACGGCGGUGAAGUUAGUUUUAGGUUGGAUAUAUUUUCCUGUAAAUACGGCGGUGAAGUUAGUUUUAGGUUGGAUAUAUUUUCCUGUAAAUACGGCGGUGAAGUUAGUUUCAGGUUGGAUAUCUGACGGACAUUCUCUGAGGAUCUACCGGUGUCUUCUCACUCUCCAUAACCGGGAAUAACAACAGCAGCGCGGUUAAAUCUACUCGACACCCUCACUGUCAACGUCGGUGUUGAAUAAGGGACCGUCAAUAAAUUACCGGUUGAUGUUCUUAGAAAAGGCUGUUUUCCUUCAAUAGCUUCACUGUCAUGUGACCAAAAGACCUCAAAUUGAUUUCUAAUAAUAGCACUAAGGUCGAUCAAUAAGACAAACAUUAUUGAUCAGUUUUCAUUGAUCCUCUAAAGUUCUUUGUGCUCCUUACUUUUUCAUUUGAGGAGAACAUGUGAACAAAGUUAUGGAUAAACCCUGUGUAAUGAAAGCUGUUUGUCAUGUAUAUAAUGUCUGAAACACGUGGACUUUCAGGCCAGAAAUCUGUGAAUAAAUUCAGGAAAAGAGAGAAAAAUCCAAACUACUCUGUUGUUCGUUUCAGUCACAGCAGGUGAAGCUCCUCAGUAACUGUUAGACUUGAUCUGCGGUCAUUUAAUCGGUCACCAUUAAAGGGAUGUUGACCUUGUUUGACUGCAGCGACGUUGACGAUCGUGUCCCUGUCAUGCCUGCAGGUGUGAUUUGUUCGCGAGGUCAAAUAUGAGCCGAUGAAAUGCAGUUAAUCAGGUCGAUUAAUCGAUCUAGUUUAUCAUGAUUCCAUCUGUAUUUACUAAAUCAGAUCUUCUUUCUUCUUCUCAAUCUUGUUUUCUUACUUGAUGACUAACCGGAUGUCCCCCGUGGGGAUCAAUAAAGUCUUAUCUUCUCUUAUCAGAUCUUAUAAAACAGGACAAACUGUCAUAAAUGAUCAAUGUCGUCUUUUUCAGACACACACACUCAGAAAUUCACUCACUGCCGUAUUUCUCGGCUUUGUUGCGUGACUGAGGGAGAGGCAGCUGCUGACUAACGUGAAGUUUUGUCUUUCUCCUCCUUACAUCACCCGUGUUGUUCACACACAGCUGAUAUGAUAAACUGCACAUCAACUAUAUUUAUAAACUGAAAAAUGUAAGUUUAACGUUGAAGGAGAUGAUAUUUCCACCCUCUCUCUCCGCCUGAUGAAGGUCAGAGGACUGAAAACAUUUUGUCUUCUUGAAAUCAUUUGUUUAAAUAACAGAAAAUAACCUUCACAGGUCCCCCCACCCUCAAAUAUAUUCUUUUUACUCCAUCACACAGCUUUACGUCAGCAGACUGGUUUGAGAAGAUGGAAAAAAAUCUAAAGUCUUGGCAGAAAUUCAGAGGUUAACAUCCUGACUGCACCAAAAUUUAACUCUGAUCUCUGAGCCUCCAGAGAGUCAAAACCCUCAAAUACCGACGGAUGAAGCGGUCUGUGGUAAAUUUAGAGGGUCCAGUUCGUGUUUCUGCUGCUUUUAGGGACGUUUGUAAGAUGUUUCUAAUCUUGCUGCUUCUGUAAAGUCAGAUCCAGGUUUGGAGGUUAAAGAGGAGCUUUAGGAGUUUGAUUUACUGGUUUCGCCAGUUCAGCAGCCUGACCAGUCAAACAUGCUGGUUUCUGUUCGGGUGCAGGGCGUUGUAUCAGACCGCCGCCCGCCCGCCUCUGAUUGGAGGCUGUGAGGAGGACUCAGCUUCAGAUUCCUGUCAGGUUUCUGGAAGCUUCCAGCUGAGCGGCAGAGUGAGGAGAACGUAAACACGAGGUGUCAGGUGGAGGAUUCCUCACCUGUUUGCUGCUCCUGAAAAAUCCCGAUCCUGCACGCCUCGAACAUCCUGACCUACAUCUGCAGACCGCCAUCUUUGUCUGAAUGAACUCCAGUCACAUGACCGCGAAAAAAAACAUGGAGUCACAUAUAAAGAAAAUCUCUUCAAACAAACACGAGUCAGUUCUGUCAAACAGUGAUUAAAGUAUUAGAAAUGAUCAAACCGAGCGGCAGAGAUGAGUGACAGAUUCAUUCAUUCAUUCAUUCAUUCAGUGUUUAUAUUCCUCUCUCUUUAAACAGGAAGUGACCUCCUUUCUGUUGAUUUCAGUUUAAAUAGUAACCCGCCCGUCCCGUCUGUUGGCUGCUGGGGGGUUAACUGGUGCCGGCUGGUAAAGGCUCAUUCCGCUGUUUAACGGAGUAAAGUCGCUCAGACACGAUCAGAGACGCUGAGAAGAGUUUUAAUUUUAUUCAUUGUUUUAUAUAUUUACUGUAAAAUGACUCAAAAUUCUCUGUUAUGAUUCAUGAAAAUGAGUCAAACUGACAUGUCUGUCUCUUUACUGAUACAUGGUAAAUAUUAAGGGCGUCGUCUCAUAUUUUAGUUAUGAUUAAAUUCUGUUCAGUUAUAGUUUUUGUCCCUCAAACACCAGACAUGACUGUUUUUAUACACUUUGUUUAAAGUCUUUAUUAUUACCGAGGUUAAGUAAUUAUUAAAAACUCAGAGUUUUAGCACUUUGUGUGAUAAGAGCAGCAAUAAAACAGAAUGGAGGUUCAUCUGUUUACUUUAUUUAGUGGGUGCUGAUAAAAUAUACCUUUUUUUUAAAAGAAAUCCUGUACGCUCCGAUGAUCGUGAUAAUCGAUUGAUAAUUGAAUCGUAGCCCCUGAAUGGUGAUCGAAUUGUCAGGUGUCUACCCCUAGUUGAAGCACACGUCCUCUAUUUACCUGGAAAUCAUCACUUUUUAAAUUUACUGAUAUAAACCGCUUUAUUAUCAUCAUCAGAACAGAGUUUACACCAAUCGUCGGUCACUGACUGCUUUAGAUCUGAUAAACGGGGCUAUGCGGUGGUCAGGUUACAGUGAGAGCGCCCUCUCAUGGCUUUUUAAGGUCAUUAUUGAUAAAGAUAUUUAAUAUCAGCUGGUACGGAUGAUUUUGUAAAUAUAUAUUAUUAGCUCUCUGUACCUCUGUCCCUAAAGCAGGAGCUGUAAGCGGUGAUUUAAUGGACACUAAUUCAGUAAUUGAAGGGACAGGUGUCUCUGUUUGUCGCCUGUGUUGUUCUUUAUAAUUCAUCCGCUUUAAAAAGAUUUCCUUUGUUUUUCUUUUUUAACUGAAACGCUAAUGCCAGUGCUAUCAUAGUAAAAGUGUGUAUAGAGAAUAUAAAUCAGCUGUUAAACCAGAGGAACAGACUAAAGAUGGAUCAGCUGUGACAGCCUUUACUCGGUGGUGGUUUUUAUCGGACCGUCGAUCAGAGCAGCAGCAGAUGUCCUCGGGCUGAACGGACUCUAAUAUCAGAUUAAGUCUCUGACUUGAGCUCCAGGCCUGCAGUGCCGCUCCUGUCAGUCUGUGUGGAUCAACAGAACCUUCAGCUGGUUUUGUGUCUCGUCUGUAAGAGACUCUGCCGGUUUAUCGCCCGAUCAGAGCGUCUCCAAAACCUCAUUACAGUUUCAGGAUAUAAGACAGACGCAGGGAUGGUCUGUGUCUGCGCCGUGGAGCUCCUUUGUUGUAUGAGGAGAAGUUUAUUUUGAUUAAAUCUGACAGAAACUGACCUGCAGCGUGUGGAUUCAUCCGCUGCUGAAAAUAGUCCCCAACAAAUGUAAUAUUUCCUCCUGAUUGGUUAAAGUGAGCAGCUGAUUAGGGCGCAAUUUCAGACUCGAAACGUUUUUUCGCCGCUAGAAAAAUGAAUUAAGAGAAGCAAUAUUCAGGAAAUAAAAGAGUUUUUUUUUUUUGCUUUUGUAAUUAACUAGAUUAUAAAAAUUGCCGUGGACUCAUUAACUUUUAAAUUUUAACUUUUUAGUUUUUCCUUUUUCUGUAACAUUGAAAAUCUUUCCUCUCAGUCCUUCAGAUAAUCGUGCGGGCGCUGGGCAGACGGCUUUGAUGCUAAGCUAACGGCUCGUUGUGGUGGUGGUCACACCCGUCAUCAUUAGCCUGAAUUGAACGCUGUUAGCCAGGCAUGCUAAUCCCGCGGCAGGUUAAUCUGAUUAGUCUGACAGUCUGCUGAGGAGUGCAGUGAGUUUAUGCGCUCAGAACAAAAGGCUGCAGGGAUUAUUACUCCGUCUUUGUUAGAAGAAUAUUUACCUCCUGUGACAAGUUUGAUCAGUCAGUUUCCUCGAAUUGAUCGAUUAUCAGAUAGAGAGUGAAGUGAAUAAAUAACAGUGAUGCUAAGGUUGCAUGUGGCUGACAUGCUUCCAAAUUAAGCAACAGAGUGAACAAGUGAUCCGUCUAUUAAUUAUUUUUAUUGUAAAUGUUAUUGUUGUUUUUAUAAAGUAAUAAUGGUAAUAAUAAUAACAAUAAUAGUGAUAACAAUGAUAAUAAUAAUAGUUAUUAUUGUUACAAUUGUUGUUAUAAUGAUAAUAAUUAUUAUUGUUAUAAUUAUUGUUGUUAUUACUGCUUUAAAAAAAAUUUCAGUUGUUUUUUAAUUAGACGAUGUUAUUGUUGUUGUAACCAUAAUAAUAAUAAUGAUAAGAUAAUAAUAAAAACUUUAAUAAUAAUAAUAAUCAAUAAUAAUAAUAAUAAUUAAUAAUAAUUAAUUUUAAUAAUAAUACAUUUUUUGUUUGUUUUUUAAUCAGACAAAACAAAAACAGUUUUGAGGUGAUUAUAAAUAUUAAUAUUACAGCUAAGAAACGUCAUUUUAUUGUUUUCAUGUGUUAAAAAGUUAAAAAGAAUAAAAUCAUUAAAUUUAUUUGAUCAUAGUUUUGGUUAAUAUUGACAGAAUAAAGUUUUAAUGGUGGGAAACAGAUCAGGGUUCAUCCUCGUUUGGUUAAAAUUACAGGUCAGAGUUUUUUAUUUAUUUAUGUCUGUUCUGUGAGAAAACUCAACGUGUGAUAAUUAUUAUUAUAAUAAUAAUUAUUAUUAUUAUAAUAAGAGUUUUUAAAUAAAUAGACGUUCAAACAGAUAAAGAGUGAAUACACAAACUGAGCAUGUGCAGACUGGAUCUGUUCUGUUUACCUGCAAACAAUAUAAAUCAGAGUGUGUGCGUGCGUGCGUGCAUGCGUGUGUGUGUGUGUUGUGCUGCGCUGCAGUAAUCCCUCGGGGGGGUGAUCUCAUUAAGGUUUUGUGUUCUGUGGGUGUUGGUUGGUCUUCAUGGUGAUGGAUGGAUGCCACGGCAACGAGUGUGUGUGUGUGUGUGUGUGUAUAUCAUUAGCAUGUUUUUGUGUGUGUGUGUGUGUGUAUAUCAUUAGCAUGUUUUUGUGUGUGUGUAUCUCAAACACAGUAGGAUGUUUAUGACUGUUUUUAUGAAGCUGUUUAUAGAAAAGUCUUCAGGGAAAAUUGGACUGAUCAUCAUCAUCAUCAUCGUCACACCGACACCACUCUCUCUCUCUGAGUGUCUUCAGGAUAAAAAAAACAACUUAACACUGAAAAAACUUAAAAAACUGGAACAUUUAGUGGUUUUUAUUUGUGACAGUCAUCCACAGACUCGUUUUGUGAGAUCAGCUGCUGUAACAAACACCUCUCCCCUCCCCCCCUCUCAGCAGACUAUGGAUCAGCGGGUCGGGUUGUUCAUUCUUCUGGCAGCAGGCCUCCUCUGCCUCACUUUGGCCCCAGUGUCUCGGGCUGAGGACCUGGUUGAGGACGGUCUGGGUGACGACAUGGACGUGGAGGACGAGGACCUGGAUCUGGGUUUGGCCGGAGCUGAGGACGAGGAUGAGGACCUGGAGGGGGACGUUCAAGACGAAGCUCCGUCUGCUCCUAAAACUCCUCCUGUACCGAAGGUGAGACCGCGAACAGACGAGUGUAAAUGUCUGAUAAAAACACGGUGAGGGUGAGUUUGGUCGAAGAGGAACGAAGAAACAUGCCGACAGUUCAAACUGAAGACCGGCGUGUUUGUUUGUAGGUCCGCUGAACACUUAAGUCAUUUUAACUUAAAAACUGACCUUUGUGGGAGCCAAUCAGAGAGGAGACGGUUUCAGUCAGUACGUUUACACGACUCUCGAGAGAAUUAUCGCCUUAUUCCGAUUAAGGCCGGACAGCUGAAGGUCAUGUAAACACCUUAGUCCGACUAUAAUCAGAGUCUGAGAACUCCGAACUCUGAGGGACGACGCUUAAAAGACAUUUAAGGGUUAAAAUGAUCAGAAAUAAAACAGAUUUUUAUGGUUUUCAGAUGAUUUUAAACCAACAUUGUCCAACAGGUUAGUCACAUGACUCUGGAGCGGGAAUCUCCUCAUGAGGACAACUGGACUUAGUUGAGUCCAGUUGUCCUUUCAACGAAGAAUUAGAAAUCAUUCAGUCCGUUUCCAUGACACUAAACCGAAUUAUCGCCUUAUUCCGAUUAAGACCAGACAACUGAAGGUCAUGUAAACACUUUAGUCCGACUAUAAUCACAGUUUAAGAACUUCCAGAUAAUGAGAUUGGAAUCUGAUUUUCUCUUCCAUGUAACCAGCGUAGUCGGAGUAUGAAGCCACGCCCCCGUAACCCCGUAACAAACUCCCAGAGUAGAGGAGUAGCGUUGGUCUCCUCUUUAGAAAAAGUAGCGCGUCCAUCAUGUCGGACAAAAACAACGCUGUACGAUGCUCCAUCUUCUUGUUUCUCCAAAAUGCCCAGCAGCAGUUGUAGACACUUCUGACGUCUGACACCGACCUGCUGUUGUUGUUGACGGUUGUCUGAAAAGACCCAUAUCGCCCCCUAGUGUUGGGGAGGAGGACACGUUCACGUCGAUAAUUCAGUUUUCUCAGCUGCAUGUAAACGAGGACGAGGAGAGAAGUCUGAUUCAGACGAAUUAUGAGUUUAGUUCGAUGAAACUGUGACUGUAAACCGAGUGUCUCUACUGUUCCAGUUUGAGCGAGCAGAGAUGUAAAGUUUUUCACUGAAAAUCUAUUUAUUUAGAGUCUAUAAACGAUCUAAGCGGCUCUUCUUUAUUAUUUUUUUUUGUCCUAAUUGGUCAAAAUACUUUCAUGAGAGUAACUCAGACUCAGAAGUGUCCCUCGCUGAAACACCUGUAAAGGUGUCUGAAUGUCCACCUGGAGGUGUUGGUGACUCAUUAACCGUCAGCUCCGGCUCACUGACCUGCUGAACUCCUGAGUCACAGUUCAUUAAUGAAGCCCGUGUAAAAACCUCCAGAGAUGAAUCUGUGUUAAAGAUGCCGUCAAUAAAACCACGACGGUGACCUCGUCUCUUCUUCGUGUCCAGGUGACCUACAAAGCUCCAGAGCCGAUGGGGGAACAUUUCAUCGCCGAGUCUUUCGACAGGGGGACUCUUGAUGGGUGAGCACACCUCCGUCUGUGUUUGUGUGAGUAAAUGGAUCAGCUGUUGGCGCUCCAUCGUUAAACCCACUCCUCUGUCUUUGUGUUAGCUGGGUGAUGUCCAGCGCCAAGAAGGAGGGCGCCGACGAGGACAUCGCCAAGUAUGACGGUGGGUGAACGUCCUCAGAGUCUCUGUGGGUUUCUGUUGGACCUUCAGUCCAGCUGGUUCUGAGCUCAUGUCUGUUUGGUCAAACAGGUAAAUGGGCCGUGGAGGAGAUGAAGGACAGUAAGCUGCCCGGAGAUAAAGGUCUGGUCCUGAAGUCUCGAGCCAAACAUCACGCCAUCUCUGCCCAGCUGCUGCGACCUUUCACCUUUAGCUCCAAGCCGCUCAUCAUCCAGUAAGAACAGCGUCUGUCUCAUUUCUUCUCCCCGUUUUCCUGACGGCUCGUUCACCUGUGUUUUCUUCGUCUCUUCAGGUACGAGGUGAACUUCCAGUCAGGUAUCGACUGCGGCGGCGCCUACGUGAAGCUGCUGACUCAGACUCCUGAUCUGGACCUGGUAGGUUUGACCCGUUACCCACGAAACCAGAACUCGAGUGUUUGCAUUGAUCAGUAAGACCUCCAUCAGGUUACCUCAGGUCACAUCCAGAAUGAUCUUUCUGUGGAGGUCACCCACACACCUGUGGACGGAUCACAACAGCAGAAACUAUCAGAGUCCAGAACCAGGUCUGCUGGGUUCACUAACAGUUGUGGGUUUCAGUACUCGAUAUAUGAAGACUUAAGAUAAAUCAUCACGUUUUAUGGAAUCGGCGAUUGACGACUUAAAAUCCGAAAUAAAUCUUCAGCCAUGAAAUAAGUUCACGUUUGUUUUGAUCAGGGUCUUUUUAUUUAGUUUUACAAAUUUAGUUUACAAUUGAACAAAAGUCCAACAGAACAUCCACCCCCACAAAUACAGACUUACAGAAUUCACAGAGUGACAUCCAUCGUUCAGAAUACUGAAUUCACAUGUAAUAAUAAUAAUAAUAAUAAUAAUAAUAAUAAUAAUAAUGAUGAUGACGAUGGUGACUGAGGACAACAGCAGAGGUUUAUAGGACUGUAUUGUCUGCCUCCAUAUCCAAUCACAGUUUAUUUAUAAAACAAAAUAAAAAGAGCCGGACAAUUAACACAAACAAUAAAACAAAGACACAGGAACACGUUAAAAACAGGAGGACAGAGAUGGUUCAGUGAAAACAGGAUUAAAAGGACGAGUUCUCAGGAGUUAAAGUGAGUUUUCAAGUUUGAUUUAAAAACAGGCAGUGAGGGGGACAGACGGACAUGAAGAGGAAGAGCGUUCAGAGUUUAGGCGCAGCAACGGAAAAGCCUGGUCACCCCUGAACUUUAACCUUGACCCACGAACAGUCAGAAGGUCAGAGGAUCUGAGAGUCCGAGAUGAAAUAUAGGGUUUUAAAAUCAAUCCUAAAACACACAGGAAGCCAGUGAAGAGAGGCUGAAAUCGGGGAAAUGUGGUCAUAUUUACGGCGGCCAGAUAAAACACGAUAAAGAGGGCUACAAUUAUCAAGACGAGUUUGAGUGACACCAAAAUAAAGAGCACUACAAUAAUCAAGACGAGUUUUGAUAAAAGCAUGUAUAACCAAAAAAGACUUGACUUUGUUUAAAAGACGAAGAUGAUAAAAAACUGACUUUAUCUGUAGAUCCAUUUUCAAACCUCCGUCCAUCAUAACCUCCAGAUUUUUGACCGAGUCUUUAAAAAAGGACUCAAAGGUGGACAGAUCUGCUCUGGGGUCCAAAGACGAUCACUUCAGUCUUACUCUCGUUUAAUUUUAGAAAGUUGAGAGCCAUCAGGUUUUAAUGUCCCUCAGACUGUCCAAAGGUGGGCGCAAGGCAUUUGAAGCUCCUAGUUUCAACAAACAUCAAGAAAAGCUGCCAAAAAGAUUUCUGAGUAGACCCUCUGAUUUUGUAUCUAAUCUUCUCCAACCUGAUAUGGUCCAUGAUUUCUCUAACUUCAUGUCUGUAUGUUGGAGGUGUUGAUAUCAGUCUCCUAACUAGCAGAGAGCAGAAAACACUGUUUUUCUUUCCCACAUCUCAAGAUGGAGUCUGUCUGGGCUUCACCAAACACCACGAUGAAUGUAAACGGUGCAGAGAUCUUAGAAAAGGUCUCAGAGACGGGCUGCCAGAAACUGCAAAGCUUUGACAUGUCCAGAACUCGUGUAAGAGAGCGGCUGGAUCUCACCUGCAUCUGUUACAAAUCAGGUCUAUAUCAGCAUUAAUCUAAGAGUCUAACUUUAGACCAGCGCAGACGGAGGACAACUUUAAACUGAAUGACAGCAUGUCGGAGACAAACGGACGACGAACAAAUUCGCUGAAUUAUUUUGUGCCGAGUUUCGUCUGUGAUUUUCUCGUUUAAAUCUGUUUCCCGUUUAUUUCUGAGGAGGUCUAAAGGCGUCGAGUUCUGAGAAGACAGCGUUUCCUGUGUUGUGAUACCGUUCCUCUUCUGGACCACAUAUCAAGGCUCUGAAUCUGUGUGUGUGUGUGUGUGUGUGUGUGUGUGUGUCCUCAGGAUCAGCUGGUGGAUAAAACCCCGUACACCAUCAUGUUCGGACCUGACAAGUGUGGAGAGGAUUACAAACUUCACUUCAUCUUCAGGCACAAAAACCCCAAAACAGGCGAGUUUGAGGAGAAACACGCCAAGAAACCCGACGCCGACCUGAGGACCUACUUCACCGACAAGAAGACCCACCUGUACACCCUCGGUAAGACGCGCGCACACACACACACACACACUGGGUCACAGUCCAGCCGUGUAACUCUGCUCUCUGUCGCCCCCCAGUGGUGAACCCUGAUAACAGCUUUGAGGUGCUGGUGGAUCAGACCGUGGUGAACAGCGGCAGCCUCCUCACAGACAUGACCCCCCCUGUGAACCCUCCCGCUGAGAUCGAGGACCCCGAAGACCAGAAACCUGAGGACUGGGAUGAGAGACCAAAGAUCCAGGACCCCGCCGCCACCAAGCCCGAGGACUGGUCAGUACUCAGAGAGGAAGGAGAGCGGGUUCGACUUUGAUGAUUAAGGUGGAUUAGGACCAGAACAACAAUGAAGGGAGGAACUUUUAGAGGCGCUGACAAAGUCUGGGGUCUGGACUUUAGGGAUGAAUGGAUUCAGAGUUAAUGAGAUUAAAGAGUCAGUCAGUAAUUUUACUGUCGGAGAACAAAACGUCUGACGUGAUUUUAAAAACCUAGAUCGAAGUUUCUUGUGUGUGUCCCCCCCGUGUCUGUCUUCAGGGACGAGGACGCCCCCGCUCAGAUCCCAGAUGAAGACGCCGUGAAACCAGACGGCUGGCUGGACGAUGAGCCCGAGUACAUCGGCGACCCCGACGCCGUCAAACCUGAAGACUGGUGAGUUUGACCCGCCCACCUCUGUGACAUCAGAGCCUGAAGACCCGGGUUCAUGAAAGUCCAGAUCCUCUGACCGUGUGUUCUUACUGUCUGUCAGGGACGAGGACAUGGACGGCGAGUGGGAGGCCCCUCAGAUCCCGAACCCCGCCUGUGAGUCCGCCCCCGGCUGCGGCGCCUGGAAACGACCAAUGAUUGACAACCCCAAUUACAAGGGGAAGUGGAAGCCCCCCAUGAUCGACAACCCCAACUACCAGGUACGCUGUAGACCCCCGAUCUAAGAAAACCCGAGUCAGAGAAGAACCGCCGUUUGAGGGUCCUGAACUGUUUGUGUUUCCAGGGCGUGUGGAAACCCAGGAAGAUCCCCAACCCGGCGUUCUUCGAGGACCUGCAGCCCUUCAAGAUGACCCCGUUCAGCGCCAUCGGUCUGGAGCUCUGGUCCAUGACCUCCGACAUCUUCUUCGACAACUUCUUCAUCACAGACGACAGAAACACGGCCGAGCGCUGGGCCACGGACGGCUGGGGUCUGAAGAAGGCAGCAGAGGGCGCCGCUGAGGUGAGUGUGUUUCUGUGUUUGAGGUCCCGCCUCCUUCAUGUAUCUGAAGGUGUUGUGUAGUUUGUGUGUGUGUGUUUGUGAACACUGUGUUUGUUGUGCGUUUGUGUUGUUGCAGCCUGGUCUGGCCACACAGAUGCUGAACGCUGCAGAGGAGCGUCCGUGGCUCUGGGUCGUCUACGUCCUCACUGUGGCUCUGCCGCUCGUCCUCAUCAUCGUCUUCUGCUGCACUGGAAAGGUAACACACACGCACACACACACACACACACACACACACAAAUGAAUGAAUGAAUGAAUGAAACUUUUUAUUCAACCAGAAAAAAACUCAUUGAGGUUAAAAAUGUCAUUUGUAAGAGUUUUCUGACCAAGACAGGCAGCAGUACUUUUACAAAGUUACAGACAUAAACAAUUACAGACACUUACAGACAUAACAACCAGCUAAGAGCAGAACAUUUUUAGCCUGCUUACAGCCUGCUCCAUCUUUACCUUUAAUCUACAUUUAUAAAGAUUUAAAGAGACUCAGUUUUUCUUGUAGCAGAUUCCAGUUUCUGCAGGAGCAGCAGAUCGAAAACUUCUUCAGUCCGUUUCAAGAUGAACUUUCACAGAUAAUAGGCCUGAACGAUAUAUCGUUUGACUAUCGUCAUCGCGAUGUACGUGUGUGCGAUAGUCACAUCGCAGAGCCUGCGAUAUUGGAGGUGAAUGAACUCAUUUAAUUUCAAGGGUAACCGACUGAGAUACACUCCAUGUGACUCUGCAUGUGCUGUGCAGCGAUCCACCAAUCGCCUUCGUCCUUAACUCAGUUGCCAAUCAGACUCACUUCUCAGCUGCCAAUCAGACUACCCUGCCAGCUGUCAAUCAAAAUCAGGGAGGAGAAAACCCACCCCUGCACAUGUUCUGCACAUGGAGGGAGACGUGUGUCCUCUGAGAAUUACUUUCGGAACUUUACUCAUGACUAUUAAGCCCAACAAAUAAGAACUGUAUGGGUUUUAAAUUGUACAUUUCCGUGGACCACUCUACUAUAAGCGGUGCGCGUUUUGCGAGGUGCAUGCAAUUCUCGGAGGACAUGCGUUUCUCGGCACAACACCGCUAACAACAACACCAACGAUCGCAAAAUGAACAACGAACAAGCGAAAACCACCGAAAAUGAAGAUUUGUUGCCAAAAAGAAAAGGAAAGUCAGUUAUCUGGAAUUAUUUCGGUUUAAAGAAGGAUGAUGUCGACCAAAACACGUCUUCUGUGUUCAUCUGUUUCCACAAUAACGUCCCAGCACAAUAAAAGCUAAAAAAUAUCUCUGAGACAGACAGAAGCCAUUCUACUAACAUUCACAAAAAGAGGUAAGAUCAGAGCAGAUUAACUGUCCUCAAGAUUUCAGCAGUGCAGCAUAACAUUAAGUGCUAUUCAGGUCAUCUGGUGAAAAUACUGUAUUUUUAAUAUCGCAAUAUAUAUCGCAGGGUUGAAAAAAUCGCAAUGUUAGUUUUUUCCAAUAUCGUGCAGCCUUAACAGAUAACAAAAGUAGAUUUAGUGUCUGAGUUGCCGGUCGAAGGCUGUAUCUUCCAGAACUUUUAACAUGAAAACAGUUACACAGGUUUGGUGGAAGCAGGCCGAGUAAAGCCUUAUAAAUCAGGAUGUUCCAAUGUUUCAGUCCACGCAUGGUUGGAGAGGGCCACCCAACUCGUUCAGACAGAGUACAACGAUGAGUUAAAGAUUUGAGGUUUGUUAUGAACCGUAGAGCUCCGUGACAAACAGUUUUCAAAGAUUUAAGGCUUUGAGAAGAUGCAUGAAUGUAUAAAACAUCUUCAUAAUCAAUCAGAGGCGUGAAAGUAGCAGCAACAAGAAAAACAAGACUGAUGUCUGAAGUCAAAGCCCAGCCGCAACCUAAACUUCUUUACAAGCUGCUCAAUAUGACGGAGAGUCAUCGAUCAUGGACUUCAGAUAUUUAUUAGAAGGUACAGACUCAGUCACAUCACCCUGGGCUGGAACAACAGACGGCAGGAUCUGUGAGCUCCGUUUUAAGCUUGUGAACAUCAUCAGUUUUCCUUCAGGUCCCUCAGGUUGAACAAUGUUAAAGACGUCCUGCAGCAGACAAAGGGCUUGAUUCUGGGUGAGAGACAUAAAUAACAGUAUCGUCUGCAUGUGAAUGAAAAUUAGCAUCUGGAACAUGAUAACAGACGAUACUGUAUACUGAUACUGACACCUGCAGACUAAAAGCAGCGAGAGUCCUGAUUGGAGGAAGGAUCCUGGAGUCUGCAGCGUCCCCGCUCCUGACAUCUCAGUCUGUGUGUGUUUGUGUUUUUGUGCGUGUGUGUGCGACGGUCCACAGAAGUCUGCAGCUUCAGCUCAGGGUCAGCUGACUCUCACCAACUUGCAGGAAGACUUAAAAGACGCCGGACGCCCUAAAGGCCGCUCAUCGUCCUCCUCGGUGACUGACGCUGCUGCUGCUGCUGCUGUUAGAGUAGCUCGGUGUUUGUGUGUCUGUGCUGCUCCUGUGGUGCUGUAGUGUAGACAGACGUCUGUUCGGUCUUCUCGUGGGUUUGUGAAACUUUAGACAGAAACGUCUCCGGUGUGUUUUUAGUUUUAAGAGAUCUAAAACUGCUCGUCUGAAACUCGACAAAAUAAAGAGACGAACUUUAAACCGUCAGAAAGACACCAAAGAUUUUAGUUUCAUCUUUGAGUGGAUCUGAGUGUUGAACUGUUGUCCCGUUUUUAUUCUGCAGAAGAAGAGCCCAGAGACGCCGGCAGCAGAGUACAAGAAGACGGACGAACCUCAGCCGGACGUGAAGGAGGAAGAGGAAGAGGAGGAAGAAGAGAAGCAGCAGCAGGAGGAGGAAGAAGAGGAGGCCGAAGAGGCAGAGAAGAGCAGUCCAGGUUGGUCUCAUGUCCAGACUCUGAGACCAGGGUCCGACUCACCAAGUGUGCUUACAGAGUUUUUUCUAUAAACCGCAGUUCUUCAGGUUCAUUUGACUUUGUUUGUUUUCCAGCUGCAGAAGAGAAAAGUGACGGAGAGGAAAGUCCUGCAGAGAAAGAGGACGAGGACGCAGAGAAGGAGGAAGAGAAGGAGGCAUCAGCUGAUGACGUAAGGGCGCAAGUUUACGUUUUUCACUUUCACUCAGGAGGGUCAAUACGGACGCCGUUAGAAGGUUUUUUUGUUUGAUUUCGCAGCUGUUUUUUUUUUCACUCCUGCGAUUUAAAUAUCACAUUUGUAUAUUUCUCAUAAAUAAAUGUCUAAUUCAUGUAUUUCUAAUCUGUAUUUGUCACAUUCAUAUAUUUCUGAAACGUACAUUUCUCAUUCUUAUAUUUGACAUUCAUUCAUCACUCAUACAUAUAUUUCUAAUUUAUUUAUUUCUCAUUUAUAUAUUUUUCAUACCUCUAUUUCUCAUAUUUAUACGUCCCAAUUAUAUAUUUCUCAUUUGUUUAUUUCUUAUAAGCACAUGUCACUCAUACAUAUAUUUCUCAUAUAUUUAUUUUACAUUCAUAGAUUUUUCAUUGGUAUAUUACUCAUUUGUAUAUUUCUAAUAUGUAUAUUUCACAUUCAUGUAUUUCUAAUACUUAUGUUUCUCAUACAUAUAUUUCACAUUCAUUCUUCACUCAUACAUAUAUUUCUCAUUUAUUUCUCAUUUACAUUCUCAUAUAUUUCUCAUUCAUAUAUAUUUGCAAUACAAAUAUUUCUUAUUUAAAUAGUUUUCAUUUAUAUUUUUCUAAUUUACAUAUUUCUCAUGUGUAUAUUUCUCAUACAUUAAUUUCUCAUAUGUGUAUUUCUCAUUUGUAUAUUUAUCAUGUGUUUAUUUCUCAUUUAUGUGUUUCUCAUUCAUAUACUUCUCAAACGUACAUUUCUCAUACAUAUAUUUCACAUUCAUUCUUCACUCACAUAUAUUUCUAAUUUAUUUCUCAUUUACAUUCUCAUAUAUUUCUCAUUCAUAUAUAUUUAUACGUAUUUUGCACAUACUAAUAUUUUUUAUUUAAAUAUUUGUCAUUUAUAUUUUUCUCAUUCAUAUAUUUCUGAUGUGUUUAUUUCUCACGCCUGUCCAGUAACCUAACCUGUCCUGUUUUCUGCUCUCCUGUAGAAGUCGGAGGACGACGUUCUGCGGAGAUCUCCCAGGAACAGGAAGGUCAGAAGGGACUGAUAUCUCUGACCCCACAGCCCUGAACUCCCCCCUCCUCCCUCCCUCCCCUUUCCUCUAGAUUCCUCUCCUCCUCUCCUUCCCUUCUCUCCUCCUCUCCUCCGAGGCGAUGAAGCCUGAAUGGAACCUGUUUGAAGCAGUGAAGCCUGCAGGAACCCGAUCGAGACCUCCGAUAUGGAAGCUUGAUGAUGACGAAGAUGAAGAUGAUGAUGAUGAUGAUUCCAGUGGGAACAGGACUGAGUUAGUGAGAUUUACUAAAAGGAUUUUUGUUUCUGAAAGAGAUUAACUAAAACUUCCUGCAUCAUUCCUUAACAACACCUGAGCAGACUCAAACCUGCGAGAUCCACGUGUCUGACGCAUCGCUCCACGCCUGACGCCAUCCUGAGCUAGCUUCGCCCGACAACAACAGCCCGCUAACCCGCCCGCCGCAGGAUCACGAGCCUCCUGACUAAAAACGCUGCAGAGACCAUCAGGUCUGCAGAGUGUCGCUUCAUCGCCUGUUUAAACCUGAGGAGCUGAAAACAAACAGGGACGCCGAGGUCAGACUACCACGUCUUUGUGUAACCAAUGGAGACUGGUGCACCAACAGUGAUGUCACGCUUUUGAUUAGAUUUGAUCUUUAAAGAAAUUAGAGAAAAUAAAACAUUUAAUCUUCAUAAUUUAACAUAAAAAAAAACACGAUACAACCAAGAUGGAGCAGUCCUCUCUCUCCCUUCAAUAUCAUUCAAUGUCCAAUUAGACCAUCAAUAUCAAAAACAAGGGGGCGGGGCUUAAUGAGCCUCGGCAGCGUCGUCAGCAGGGGGAGCUCUAAGUGUUUAGAUGAUGUUGUCUUCUUGUUGGGAUUAUCAUCGUGCAAAUAUUGUGUCUGACCUCCGCAUAAAAAAAAAAACUCGCUGCAAAAUUCUGCCUACUAACAGCCUGCUGGUCAUGUGACGACGAAGGUUACGCAAACGGUCAAAUCUGCGGGGCGUAGAAACAAGCUUGUGAGCAAGUCGAGCAAUUUCUCAGUUUAAUGGAAGUCUUAUAAUUAUUCUCAUAAAAGUGAUAAAAACGAACCUUUAAAGUCUAAUAAAUCAGGGAGCCGUCUUCCUACUUCGGUAAUCACCUGUCCUUCUGUCGGCACGAGUCUGCGAAAGCAUCAGCUGACCGACAAGCCCGCCCACAUGGAGACAAACUGUCCAACAGGAGCUUUUCGGAGCGUCAUCGAAAAAGUGUUUGCAACUGUAUAAAGAUGGACUUGUGUCUCCACCUCCUCUAGCUGUUCAAAAGUGAAGCUAAAAUAACUCGAUUCAUCGUCUCAGCCCCUCAGGUGGGUCCAGUUCCUCCUCUGCCCUGAUUAUCUGGUGCACACAGCUCUGCAGGAGCCUCAUUGGUCAACAGAGCUGUCAAUCAUGGUCAAGUCAGUCCAGAAAAUGAACACUUGGAGAUAAUUCGGCCUGAUAAGAGCCGACGCUAACGACUGAACCCAGAUUUGAGAAAGCUUCAUGACACCUGGAUUUUACAGUUUGACCCAUGUCCCAUCUGUUAACAUGGAGGAGGCGGGGCUUAUGGCUCUUCAGCCAGUCAGCAGGGGAAGUUCAAAGUGUUCUGACUUUAAGGAGCUGCCAUGUCGUCGAUCUUCCAACAUCCCGAUAUUAUUCGUAAUAGUCGUUUUGUGUUUGUUAUUAUCCGAUCAGCUGUUUAAUUAGAGUCAUUAACGUUUUUUUCUAACACGCCCACACGUUUUAACGUACUGAUUAAAGACGAGCGAAUCCGCAGACUAACAGACGUGUGUUUUUACUCUUUUCAUGACUUUACUGAUGACCCAUCGUUCAUCCUGAAACACUCCGGAUGAGUUUUCUCGCUUUUUCACGUCGUGUUUUUUUUUUUCUGUCGUUUCUGCGCUGAGCCGUUCGCGUCACGAUCGAGACGCUGGGACGAGUGUUUCUACGAAGGUGUGUUUUCUUGUCCGGGUGGUUGCAGUGAAGGUCAGAGGUCAGAUGAUUGUGACCUUCAGCAGCAGCAGAUGAUCUUCAGGUCGUUAAAUUCGCCGUCACAUUCGUCUGGGUUUAAACUCGAGCAGGUGGACAGACACCCAGUCCUUCUUUCAUCGACCCCAUUUGAAAAGAAAAAGGCACUACGGGACAACUCAGGCGCUUAACCUCACAGCUGUCCACCUGCCGCACCUCCACCUAUCAGACGCCUGACUCCACAUCAGAUCAGCCCCCAUGUUUAAAGAGAUGGCACUUGAGCGUCUACAUUCAGUCUUUUUCUUUAAUUCGCCUCCAUAACACCAAAUUAUCUCCACUCAAGUCCAUUAAUCUGAGCUUCACCUCAGGGUCUCCAACAGCAGGUGGAGUUUUUUUUAGGUCUUCAGGAGGUUUAAAGGAUGAAGUCGAGUUUCUCAAAAAAACACCCUCACAGUUCAGACGUUUUGAUAUUAACAUCCUGCAGUUCUAAAUUCUGGUUAUUUCUGCUGAUGGUUAAGAUAUAAAGUUCAGAAAUAUCGGAGAGAGACGUGCAUUCCCACUUGUAACCAGAGGUGUCGCCAGAAUCAAGUAUCAGUCGUAUAUUUGUUAAGCCUGACUUUUUGCAUCUGCUGCUGCUGCAGGUUAAAACAGUCGACUGUCAAACUUCUGAUCUGAAACUUCACAUCAGUGUUGUUGACUCUCUGACCUCCCCUUCAGCGCCACCAUCUGGACAAAAUGUGCAGUUUGACUUCUGCUGAGAGUCUCCGAAGGAUUGAAUGAUCAUUUGAAAAUCACACAUGAGAAAUAAAGAUUUUUUUUCCUCGACGUGAACUCUUCGGGUGAGAAGCUCUGGGCUGUUAACCUCUUCCUGCGAGGAGUCGGGGCGCUGUUUUGGAGAGAUGACCUGAGCGGUCUGAAAUAAAAGUUUGUUUCUGACUCUGAAAACUUCACGGUUGUUUCUGUUCUGGGAUCGUGAGCUUCUGACACUCAUUUUGUUUGUUGGUACUUCAGGUGACUGAUGAUAAGUGAGCUCUGCUGUGAUUGGCUCCUGGGUUUUAUUCGGGUGGGCGGGGACUAAGCAUGACGUCAGAAGUUAGUGUCUGGUUGUGGGUGUGUUCAGAUUCUGGGCCUCCCUGCUUUCAUGUCAGGCGACCUUUAACCUUUGAUCCCCCCUCUCGUAGACCGAAGUUUCGCCGCGCUCUGCUGCUUCGACCUCAUUUUUCUCUUUUGGAUCUGAUUUUGUUCUGAAGCAGCAGCAGCGCGAUAUUCCCAUGGAGGAUGUUUCAGCCGCCUCUUCACGGUCUCCCUCUUCUUCUUCUUUUUUUUAUUCUUAGUCUCUCGAUCUUUCGUCGUCUCUGCUCGUGCGUCGGGUUGAAGCUGCCUAGCUAAGCUAACAGACCGUAGACUGAACACUGUACCUGCUGGUGAAACUUUACAUGACUCUGUAACUCUGUACUUUUGAUUUUUGUUGGACUCUGUAUUUGAACUAAACUAACGGUUGGCCCAGCCUGUUUCUGAUGUACACACUCUGUAGGGAGGUGGACCUGCUCACACACACAGACACACACACACACACACACACUUUGAAUAGAAAAACUGUGACGAUGGAGCCUCCUGUGUGCGUGUGUGUGUGUGUGCAGGCGUGUGUGUUUGCAGACGUGCAGUCGACUUUGUUUUGAUGAAUAAAAAGGCCAAAUGGAAACAGAACAGUUGUUUUUCUCUCAUUUCAGCUCAUAUGUAAAUAAAACUCAAACAUUUGA